GUGCAAAGUGGAGGAUUGAGAUCAUGAGAUCUCAUGAGGCGCGCUGUAGACGGAAGUAGUGGUGUUGUAGUGGUCUUUUGUACCCCUGGAGUGCUGUUUACAUUCAUUCAUUCAUUCACUCACUCAGAAUGUCCUCCUCUGUCUCAACAUCCUGUCUACAAAAGAGGUUGCUAUACGUUCAGCUCCUUUGAGCGGUUAGUAUCACCAUCGUGGCGAGUGGUAUCUACGUUAAUUUGGUAUUGGUACUUUCAGAAAGUACUAAAGGAAAUCUUCACACCUCGUCUUGCACACGAAAGUAAACGAAAUCUUCACACCUCGUCUUGCACACGAAUCCCAGCAAAC